AUGGGCGACCGGCGAGACCGGCGCAGCUUCUCCUUCUCCUUCCCUCCGCCGCUGCUGCACCUCCGCCUCCCGCUGCUGCUCCUGGCGGGACUGCUUCUGCUGCCGCCGUGCCCUGCUGCCGCCACUCGCAUCAACAACGCGCUUCAACCUCCCUUCCCCCUACCUCCCUCAGGGAGAUCCUCCUGCCUCACCCCUGCCUCACCCCUCGCUUCUCCUCCUCUGCCCUCUUCGGCCUUCCCUCCCCCUUCCCUUCCCCUUCCCUCCCCCUUCCCUCCCCCUUCCCUCCCCCCACCCUCCCCCCACCCUCCCCCCUGUCUGUCCCCUGCCUACCCUGUUCCCCACGAGCCCCUGGCAGCGCGGGUGCUGGAGGAUUGCGCUGCAGCAUGGGACUUUUCAAGAUGGGGCGGUUCGCCGAGCAAUUGGCGCGUGGGGGGCGACUGUGACGCGGCAGAUUACAUUAAAUGCGACGCCAACGGGUUCAUCACUGAUUUGAAUGUCGACAGCACGACUAAUCCCAACCCUGAUUGGGAUUACAACCAGUCUGAUUACGGAAGGCCGCCGGAGUUCGGGCUCCUCACCAGCGGCAUUCCUCCCUGCCUCUGUCCUCUGUACUCCGUCCCCACUAAUUGCCCCAUCCCACACCCUCUGUGCUGCGCUGUCAUCCUAUGUGCGCAUCCACACCCUUCGCCUCGCCCAUUCUCACCGUCGUCUGCUUGUUUGAUCCCCACUUUCUGUGUGCUGUGCUGCAACUUGCUCAGAAGUAUGUGGAACAACGCCCUAGAGGGCCCCAUCCCGGCAUCCUUCAGCAUGCUCACCUCGCUCGUCUACCUCCAUCUCUCUGAGAACCAGCUGUCUGGUGUCAUUCCACCUGGCAUAGGCGCCCUCACGGCCCUCCAAGAGCUCUAUCUCAGCGACAACAAGCUGUCUGGUGCCAUUCCCCCUGCCAUAGGCGCCCUUGCAUCCCUUGGCUACCUGAGUCUCUCCUCCAACAACAAGCUGUCUGGUGCCAUUCCUCCCACCAUAAGUACCCUCACAUCCCUCAGAUGGAUCCAACUCGUUAACAACCAGCUGUCUGGUGCCAUUCCACCUGGCAUAAGCGCCCUCACGGCCCUCCGAGAGCUCUUUUUCGACAACAACCAGCUGUCUGGUGCCAUUCCCCCUGCCAUAGGCGCCCUUGCAUCCCUUGGCUACCUCUAUCUCUCCAACAACCAGCUGUCUGGUGCCAUUCCCACCCCCGAUAGGCGCCCUCGCAUCCCGGCUCUGGAGAACAACACGCUGGAAGGCACCAUCCCGGAAUCUUUGAGCACCCUCACCAACCUGAACCACCUGUCAGCCGCUCGCUCCCUCCCACGCCCUCCCUGCGUCAUAGCCACUUUCCAACAACGCCAUAUCCGGCCCGAUCCCCGCCGCCCUGGGGAACCUCGUCCACUUGAAAAGCCUAGACGUCUCAGGCACGCGGCUGACCUGCCCUGCAGGGGGCAGCAAGUGUGUGGUGAAGCAGAGAAACACCACCAGGUUCUGCCGUCUCUGCUUCUCUUUCUGCUCCUCCUGCACGCCCCAUAG